UAGUGUGCACGAUGUGAGCCGUGCGGUGUGGGUUUACCGUCCUUAGUUCAUGUGACGUUUGUCGGUGGCACCGCCACGACCCGUGCGGCCUCAGGAUGCCAGUAUUCAGGUGUUGUUACAUCUUACUCGGCCUUACCUUAUGUGUGUUUGAAGCAUGGUGUAACAGCAUUUGUGGGACGAAAUUCACGGACGCUGCUUCCAGUGCCCACCUGGCUGAUAUCGUGUUGGAAGGCGAUGUUACUGUGAUAAGAGACUCGGCGAGAGGCAAUUAUAACGUCUCUAUCAAAGUGCAACUAGUGUCACGGCGAAAAAUUUUCAAGGUGUAUAAAGAUACAUCAGGAUCUGUGAAACGUGUGUUAGAAAAAUCCCGUGGAGUGAUAAAAGUCGGGGAAUUUGGACGGGAAAACGCAGAAGCCUGCAUAACGGAGAUAUCCAAGGAUUCUUCCUAUGUUUUCUUCUUACGGGCCACUGAAUCUCCGGAAUACUUCAGAAUAUCAGCAUUCCCUAUAUCGACUUCUGUCAAUAAAAAAGCCAACAAAAAAUUACGUAAACUUCUCUACUCAGUUGUGUGCGACGGUUGUGCAAAACCACCGAGGAUUAAUAAAAGAUUAAAAAGUAUAACUGUGAAGGAGGGGAGUAAAAUUACAUUAAAAUGCUCUGCGUCCGGAUAUCCUCGUCCAAAGAUAACGUGGCUGAAGGAUGGGAAGGUUCUGAGCAAGGCCAAGGGAAUGAGGAUAAAGAAGGGAAAACGAGGAUCUCGCUUGCAGUACCGAAGGGCCUCAAGAAGAGCUGAAGGGGAGUACAAAUGUGUUGCAGAAAAUGUCCUCAAACACGUGGAAAGAACAGUGGAUAUAGAAGUAACAAGCAAAUCAGACACCACCACAACAGUUCCUGUGGAGCAGACCUCCCCUAGAUUUACUCUUUGCAGGAAGGCUCACCGAGGUCUCUGUCUCAAUGGGGGAAAGUGUUUCUAUUCAAAGGAUCUGGGUGAACGAUUUUGUCGGUGCUCUCAGGAAUUUUCUGGAAAACGCUGCGAAUAUAGGGAUGUCUUCAGAGUGUUUGGACCAUUUGAAACCAAAGCAAAACUUGAACGUGACCGUACCUUAAUAGUUAUAGGCAUAGUGAUUGCCUGCCUGGUCUUCAUAGUCAUCUGUAUACUGUCUUACUACUUGGCCAAGCAGAAGAGAACAAGUUUUUACAAACGGAGGGAAGAGAGGAGACGGGAUGUUAAUGAGUCCUACAAACCUCUCCUCAGAGAUGAGGUCGAUUCAGCAGCUAACUCUUCCAAUCCUAAGAAGAUGUCCAUGACCACCCAGACUGAUGAGAGUGUGUUCAUCCUCAUGGAAAGUGGACAACCUGUCAAUGACCAACCCAUACAACCUGUUGUGGCCAACCAUGUUUUUGCACACUUUCCAAACAGCUCACCAGUGCAUCUGCGAGAGAAGCCAGUCAAUCAGUCAACAAACGCACAUCCACCGAGGUACAGACUAAAUGCUGUCUCAUUGGAAGCUGACGAUCCACCUUCUGCUGUGGAUGGCAGAGACUCUCCCGAUACAGCUCAUGGUUCGGACUUGCCAACAGGCAAGGACACUUCUGUGAACUCCCCAGAUUCUGUAUCCUGCAAUUCCUCUUCAAGUCUUCCCAAAGAAUCCACAUUCUCAGGCGAAGUUUCCGCGGAAAACUCCAGAGUUGCCAAUGAUGGUGGCCUGAAUGGUGUGGCAUUGCCGCUUGCCAAUGCUGCUAUGCUGGGAGAUGAGGAGGAUAGCAGUGACGAAGAGGAGGAUUUGACGGCUAAACACCCAGAGCUGCAGGUCGACCUGCACAUCAGUGAGGAGGACCUUAGCGAGUCAAUCCCAGUAGAGGGCGCCACCAGGCAGAACUCGGGGGCACACAAGGAGGCCAUGGUUGAGGAAAACUCCCAGACUCGCCCGGCUGGUGUCAGUUGCAAUGGUGUUGAGGCAGAUAAAGGUUUGUAUGAUGAGGAUGAGGACAGCUCGAGUGAGGACAGUAGCAACUCUAACAGUAGUUCCAGCAGCACUAGUCUGGCUGACCCAGAAGGGGUGCCUGCUAUAUUGUCACUAGAGAACCACCACGCUAAGGGAUCGGACGGGAAUCUGUCGUGGGACGAGCACGGCACACCUGUCAUCUCGCAGUAUGCCUGUAAUCCUUAUGCACUUGACAUGGAUGAUGACUUUGUGAAUAGCCAGCUGUAUGAGCCAGCUGAUUUCCGCCUGUUCAGUGAGAACUUGGAAAGUCCACCACCUCCACCUAUUGGGGACAAGUUACGAGAUGUAAGGGAUGACCAGGAUCCUGUGUCUCUGUAGGACACCCACCCCUUGUCUCUUAAUACACCUCCCACCCUAUAAAAAGCUGCAUUCACAUUUCACAUUUUUUCUUCGUUACAAAGAUGUAAAUUAUUUAAGAUGUUACUGUUACUUCUAUUGCAUUUAACAUUAAUUUUGUCACGUGAAAAUCUAAACGUUUGUACAGUUACAAAGUUCAUGUUUGACACCAGCUCACCUUUGUCUGAAUUUUAAGGUUUUUUUGUUUUCUAUUUUUUUUUUCGUUUUAAUGCUAUACGCUAAGAUGCUUGAUUUUGCAUUGAAAUUUAAAAAUUCAUUUUAUAAACAUGUUUUAGAAAUAUUUUUGCACAAACAUAGCAGCCAUUUUAGGAAAGAUUUUGCUAUUAAUGACAGCUUUUAUCAAUGUAUACUCUUGUUAUAUGAAAUUUAGGCCUUGUGGGUAAUACCUGUAUAUUUGUUAGUUGUUACAGCCUAUGCACUAUCCAGCUAAGGUAGAUUUAACUAAGUAUAGUGCAUUUCAGCUCCAUGUGGUGUAUCCAUUGUAUAUAAAAUCACAUUUCUCUUUGUUAGUGUGUAAACUAAAAAUUUAUUUCAAGAAAAUGUUUGCUUGCGCUGAAUCUCAUAAUAAAAACAUGAGUGCUGUGCCCUGUCUGUCAAGACGUGCACGUACAGGUACACUAUAUAUUUUACCUGUAAUUAGUGUUUUUCUUUAUUCUUACCAUUUAGGUAACAUGAUAGGCCAUCAUAUUUUUUCUUGACAUUUAAGGACAUUGUCAUGUCUCUGGCAUCUGAAAAUCCCUAUGAAUGCCUGUUGCACACCAUGUGUUUAAUGUUUAAAUCAGGAACUGCUAAUAAAUUGUUCAUAGUUAAGUUUAUCUAGAUGAUAAUUAAUAGCUUGCACUGAUUUAAAGCUGUUACCACUGCCAUCUAUUGUUAGUGAGUUUGUGUAAAGGGUAGUCUACCAUGUCACAAAUGACAUCCAGCCUGUGGAAAUGGAAUUCCUCAGGUUGAAGGUAUUAGUGAUUUCAAAGUUAGGAGUUAUCUGCAAAUAAAUGUGUAUUUAUAUAGUUGAAUUGUCAUUGUUCUUAUGCUUGCAUUUUGUUAAUAUAGCUGAAGUUACACUAUGAUUAAUUAUCUUCUAAAUAGGUGAUAAUUUGUAUGUAUGUUAUUGAAUUAAAUGUGUGUAUAUAAAGGAAAAUUUGCCAUAAUAAGUGAUAUAUAACUAUGGGUGUAAAUCUCUUUAAUACUGUGUAUGUGUGUUGCAAACUUGUGUCAUCCAUUGCACCAUUUGGGUGACCUAUUGUUCAUAUGCAACAUACAUGAUGUCGCAAUGACCCAACUAUAUGUAAAUUGUAAAGAUGAUUGUAAUAUAUGAUUUUAAGUUAAGAACAGCAUUCCAUUCUCCAUUUUGCUGACGAUCAAACAUUAUGUCCAUUAUGAAUGUUGUGACUUUGUAUAUGUUAACUCAGCUUUCUGAUCAUUUGAAUGAGUUGUAAAGAAUGACAAAAAGGUUAAAUAACCCAUUGUAUAUAAUUGUUCUGAGCUCUUUUAGGCUACUGCUGUAAUACAUAUGGGAAACAUCCUCAGUUAUCUGCAUGGGUUUAUUUUACUCUGUUAGAUUUUAUGGCUGGUUCGUAUAAACCAGUAUUAUACACCGGUAUAUGCACAGGGCCAGUCCUGGUAACCCACCUCUCUUGUUCCGGCAAACUCAAACAUUUUUUGAAAGUUUUUUUUUAAUCAUUUAUUUCAAACACUAUCUACAACAAAUAGAAAAAAAAAUAAAAUGUAAACUAAAGAUGAAAUUUUCAUGAAUCCCAACAAAUGAAAAAGUAUUUCUCGAGAGAAGUAUGUCACCUUAACAAGAUUUGCCAAGUCUCUAAACCAAGGGCUGACAUUGAAUGGCAUAGCUCUGUAUAUUAACCCUAGGUGCAAAAGACACUUGUAAAAAAGAAACAAAAUGGACGGACCCAGUUGAAAUGUAUCAGUAUGUUUACAUUUGCAACAUAAAUUGUUUGUAAGUCAAAAAUUUGUAACAGUUGCUCAUGAGAAACUAUACCAUAUACCAUAUUUCUUGCAAAAUUUGGGUCCCCUGGUCUGGUCAUUUUAGCCAAUAUAUGCGUGAUUCGGGCAGGAAUAUUGAGUUUCUUUUAUCUCACAUGAUUAGACCAUCAACUCAUAUCUUUACUUUUCCAAAAGGCUGGUAAAGAAAUGUAAUAUUCUACUUUCAACACUACUAAUAUCUGUCCCAAAUUUGAGAAGAAUUAGGGUAGUUGUGUAUCAGACAUUCUUGUGUUUUUCAUAAAGAGUAUUUUUCGGUAUUUGUUUAGAAAAUUUGGUGGAUAUAAACUUAGUUUGGUAUUGGGUGUAGCCUUACAUGAAAUUACCAUUUCUUACAAAUACCUGUCUAAAAGAACUGAAGACUUCCAGCCAGCAAUACAUUACCAGACAAGCCUUGUAUACUAAAUCAUUCACACUUUUUGUGCUGAAGGCAUAGGUUCUUUGAAGUUUUUCUUUCAGUUAACAACUUGCUGUGUCAAUGUUUGCCAGAACAAUGCACUUGUCCUUAUUAUGGCUCUGUUUGCCAAUAGUCCAUGUGAUAUUUCACUUGUAAAUCAUCCUUGUGUGAUCCGAAUGAGUAGGGUGUACAACCUUUAUCAGUGGGAUGUUAUAUAGAGUUAAUUAGGAGCAUUGUUAAUACUCCACCAAGGUUACCAGUGUCAAACAACUAGGUUUGAUGUUGCCAUAGCUGGCAACAAUGUUACAAGUUUAUUGUUACUCAGUUCUUUAUUCAGAUGGACAAGCACUGUAAAAGGAGGACUGCCUCCAUUUCUGUUAUAAUAAUGGCUAAGAAACUAGCAAACUUACAGAAUUUGUAUGAUUCUGAUACCAAAACAUGAUUAACAGAAUGUUUUCCUGUUAUAAACUUAUUGGCUUGUGAAAAUAAAGAUAAUAAAACAUGUAUAAUAGCACCAAAGAUGAGACAAAAUUAAUCAAGGAUUAAAGCAAUUCCUUCGUCAAGUUAUGUUUGUUUAAUUUAUAUUGCUCAGUGUUGGAAUUUUUUUAUGACAAUUCCCUUUAUAGAUGGGAUUCUUAUUUGCCCACCUUUUGUUUUACACGCGUAUGUGAUUUUAAACGAACAAGGUAUUUUGUAGUUGUAUACAUGGAUAUAUAUAAAAAUAUCAGUGCUUAUUAUGAUACAAAAUGAUCCAGAAUUUAAUCCCACUGACGAUGUUUCGACAAUACUUUAAGUAAAAGUUGAUAUGGAUUGCAAGAUAUAAUUAAAUACAUUUAGAUAAUUUUAGCAAGCAAUUGUAAAUUAAAAAGGUCAUAAGAGGCAGCUGUUAUAGGAUGUCAGUCAAGAUCCCACAGAUGGCUGAUGGUACAUGAAAAUAUGACCUUACUAUACAUUUUGAUGUACAUAUAUAGAACAACUUAAUAGUUUUAGAAAAGGUUGUCUAGAUUUUCUUUAGCUGUUCCUCUCAACUUUAUUACAUGCAUAAUUAAAACAUGUCAUUUCACUUUGCUGAGUUGGAUUGCCGUGUCAUUGGUUCAUGCCACAGCAGGAGAUAAUUAAAAAAAAUUCUUACAUUUUUCAAUUUCUGAUUUAGUUAAUUAAUCUGCCAUGUACACAUGUUUUCAUGUUUAUAAUCAGAAACAUCAUGGUCAUGUC